AUGCGGUCCAGUGCAAUAAACAAAGCCAAUAAGGCGACUUCGACGCAGCUGGAAGCCUGCAUUUUGACGUCUAGAGAGUUGAAUGGUGCCAGACUGCAUUUCGUCGUCAAGACCUCUUCAGAGCUGUCUGACGUUGAACGCGAGCGAAUAUGGAAUAUUUUCGAGUCCAAUAUGCACCUGUUUUAUACGACCUCUUCAUUUGGCUGGAAUCCUCGUUCAAAAAAAGAAGAGAUGUUUCACUCACACGCUCGGCUCGUCCUAUGUAGUGAAUCAAUUCCGUCAGAAUUUCGGAUAGUUGCAUAUACUAUUUUCCGCUUCGAACGUGAAGCCAAACAAGACGUGGUGUAUUGGUUGGAGACUCCUAGCUCAUCAAUUGAGAAAAGCUAUGAGCUCCAGGUGACCGAAGAAUCUCGAGGACUUGGGGUUGGAAAGCUCUUGAUGGGUUCUUUGUUCGACAUUGGCUCGCGGUGGAGGAUGAAGAAUGUUAUGUUGACCGUCUUUAAAGUAGCCAAUAGUGCUGCGUCUGCCUUCUACAGAUCUUUGGGCUUUGAUCUCGACUCUAGUUCGCCUGGAUAUGCGGAGGAGGGUGACUGGCAAGAUGAGGAAUUAGACUGCGACUACGUCAUUUUGUCUAAAUCUAUACCGUGA